AUGGACGGAAGCCUUCCCAGUCCAAACACGGUCGGCAAAAAGCGAAUUCCACGUGUGGGUCUUGUCGGGCCUCGAAAGUCAAGUGCGAUGGCCAACGCCCUUGCUCUCGGUAAGUUCGAAUAUCUGGGCCACUCUGACCCAAAUCCACGGAUGUCGAGAGGCAACAAGCAUAAAUUUUUGAUCGCUUCUCUCCGACUUCGCCCUUCUGUGAACUGUGACAUUGAAAGGGUCGCACUGCUCUGUCGAAGUCACGGUAAGGUUUGUAUUUUCUUGGAACGGCCAUCCGACCCCAGUGAGCAAAAGCUCAAUGCUAUCGAAAAAGAACUCGAACAAUUGAAAGCCCGAUUGGAUUCACAUGGUGCUGGAAAUGACGAUGAACCAGACACUGUUUCCAGCACAAAUGCGCAUGUCCACUUGAAUCAUCUGGAAAAAACACAGUCGCGACUGUCACAACCACAAACAUUUGCAUCUCCUGAGUCUGUACCCUCCUUCCGAUCUGCCUAUGAAAUGCCCAUAAACCAUAGCACACGAUCGCAAUUUGAGGUGGAAACCAGACCAGUUCCGAAUUUUGUGGCUACUGGUGUUCUGAGCCUUGAUCAAGCUCGCCUGUUCUUCAAUGCCUUUUUCCAGGGAUGCGAUCGAUAUGUGCCCAUUUUCGAUCCCUCUCACGAUACAUUCGAGUCAAUCAGCAAUCGAAGCUCCCUGCUAUUUAAUGCAAUUCUCACUGUUGGCUGCAGUGUCAUGAGUGACGCUGAUUCUCAUCUGUGCAACUUUCUUCAAUUUCACCUGAAGAAGCUGCUGAAUCUCGUCAUUGUCACCCCAGAGUAUACUUCACUCGAAACAGUUCAGGCGCUGUUGGUCACCGCAUGUUAUGUUUCCGAGCGCUCUCUCCUUUUGGCUUUCGCUACUAGAAUGGGACUUGAUCUCAAUCUGCAAGAUGCAUAUCCCGAGCUCAUGACGCUGCUUGUGACCAGGGAAAGACAAAGUCAGGGUUCAGAAACCUUCCAGUACCGUGAGAGUGAAGCGGAGCUCAUGCGGAGGUCCAGGGCAUGGUUUGAGCUGCUCAUUCUUGAGCAGAUUCUUCAUGUGGAUGCAGGAAAUCUCCGUGGAUUUCGAUUCAAGGGAGAAGUUCGUCGAUGUAGAGUCUUGCUCGACAAGCCUUUCUCGACGAUUCUAGAUCUCAGACUGCUGUCUCAAGUCGAAUUGAAUUCCUUGAGGGCUCGGAUUCAUGACUCAAUAUCAAAUGGGAAGAUAUUUGCCGAUGGGGAGAUAAUGGACAUUGUGCGUGAUGCCCAGGUUGAUUUCUCAAUUUGGUAUCAAGAUUGGCAACAAAUCAUGUCUAGGUCUCAAACUGCCGAAACUGCAGUACUUCUCUUCAAUCUGGAGAUUCAAAAACUCUGGUCUAUUGCCAUGGUCCUGUGCAAUUCGGUCCGCGCAAUGGGCAAUGACAACAUCGCUUCCAUGUCGUCCACCCAGCAAGAGGUCCUUCUCAUGGCAAAGGAUGCCCUUAAUAAGCACCUUCGAAUCAUUUUGGAUCAGCCACAGCACUAUCUGUCUCAUUUCCGGUUUGCCAUGGACUUUGUGUGGGCAAAAUGUGCAUUCUGCUUCCUCUUGCUGCUUAAGUUGACCCAGCUUUUGCCUGAGGACGAUGACACAGCCAAGAGAAAGCUCUUGCAAGAUGGUUAUAUGCUCUUAAAUGAGCUGAACAAGGUCGAAGGCGGUUCAACAAGUGGCGGAAGAACCCACACGAGUAAGAUGUACUUGCAAGUUCUCCACCUUAGUAUCCAGAAAUAUGGACGUGCGCUGCAAAAUGAACCCGCCGAAGACGAGACCGGUGUGAACGCGCCACCAAAGCCACUUUCGCCUGUCAAUUUUUUCUGGACUUCGGGAAACAAUCUUGGUCAAAGGGAGCUCGAAUCGUUCGUUCCAGAACAAUUUGUGUUUGAAUGGGAUUUCCCUUUGCUUACGCUGUUCUCAUCACCCAGCGUGGAUGAGGAAAUCUUUGGUGAUAUACUAAUGGGCCCAUUCGGAGGUCACGAUCCUCUGUUCUCUGGAAUGAUCGGAUAG